GGAUAAAGCACCAAUUUGGAGAGCCGCUCUUCGUGACGCAGCCAACUUAUCCGGCUUGCAUUACAAAGGGGAUGAAUUUGAGUAUGAAUUUAUUGAAAAGAUCACUAAACAGGUGUUAGCAAUUAUUAAAGAGGACAUGUUACCUGUUGUUGCUGAUUACCCAGUCAGACCAGAGUCCCAAGUGCAAGCUUCCUUUGAUUCAGCAUCAUCUUUUUCUGUCUUAAGGCAAUACCAAUACCAUGUGUUUCUCAGCUUCAGAGGCUGUGAUACUCGCUAUCGUUUCACUGGCAGUCUCUUCAAAGCUCUCCGCGACAACAAAAUCCACACCUUCAUGGAUGAUGUAGGUCUUCACAGAGGGAAUGAUAUAUCAAGAACACUUGUUGAGGCAAUUAAAGGCUCCAGGAUUGCCAUCAUUGUGUUCUCUGAGAACUAUGCUGAUUCUACUUACUGCUUAGAUGAACUUGUCAAGAUCUUGGAGUGCCAUGAGUCUGAUGACCAGUUUGUUUUGCCAGUUUUCUAUGAGGUAGAUACCAAUGACGUGCGACGACAGACAGGUAGUUAUGGGGAAGCAAUGGCUAAACACGAGGAAAAGUUCAAGGAUGACAAAUCAAAAGUCGAAAAAUGGAAGCGUGCUUUGCAUGAAGCAGCUAACUUUACUGGCUUUUGUUUCAAAGGAAAAAAAUAUGAACAUGAGUUUAUUGCGAAGAUUGUUGGAGUGGUGUCAAAGGAGAUUAAACGUGUUGCUUUACCUGUUGCUGACUAUCCAAUUGGACUAGAGUCUCAAGUGUCGAAAGUAAAAUCGCUUAUAUUCUCUGAUGGCUAUGAUGGUGUCCACAUGAUAGGGAUUCAUGGAAAUGGUGGAUCAGGAAAAACAACAAUAGCUCAUGCAAUUUAUCAUUUGAUUGCUAAUGGUUUUGAAAGUAUAUGUUUUCUGGAAAAUGUGAGAGAAAAUUCAUAUAAGCAUGGUUUAGUACAUCUUCAAGAUAUACUUCUUUCCAACAUAUUCGAAAGGAAGAAUCUCAAAUCAACAAGCGUUGAACAAGGAAUUUCAAAUAUAAAGCACUGGCUCCAACAAAAGAAGAUCCUUUUGAUUCUAGAUGAUGUUGACAAGAUAGAGCAGUUACAAGCUCUUGCUGGAAAGCCUGAUUGGUUCGGCCGUGGAACUAGAGUCAUCAUUACGACACGAGAUAAAGAUUUGCUAGUAUGCCAUGGCAUUCAAAGAAUAUAUCAGCUGGAGAAUUCAAAUCCGGAGUCAAAUAUCACUGCAUCUGCAAGAAAAGACAACACAGAACAAGUGGUUGAAAAAAUCAUCGGUGGCCAAGUCAAUGGUUCAUUAGAGCCUCUAUUUUCAGAAGAUACUAAUGUUGAUAGAAGCAAACAAGUGUCGGUUAUUCAAGCUCAAUCAAAUGCACAAGUCAUAUGUCAGUUUAAUGAAAACCAAGCAGAGUUUUGUCAUACAUGUUCUCUAGAAAGAAUAGAAAGUGCCAACAUCACUUUGAAAGUGAAGGAGGAACUUGAAGUUAAAGACUUGUCUUUGUGUGCUAAGUUGGCAUCUUUGGAGGAAAAGAAAAGAGAACUUGAAGAGCAAAUUCGUGCAGUAAAAGCUGAGAUUUCAGAUUCUACAGCAGAGAGACAGUUGCUAAGAGAAAAAGAGUUGGCAAUGGAAAAAAGCUGAAAGGUGAAAGAGAUGAUUUGAGGAACCAAGUGCCAAGGUUGAAAGUCGAGCAAGAAUGGGAAAAGGUGAGAAGCUAGUAUUGAAGCAUAGUGAUCAUGGCUUGGAGAAAAAGUCAUUGGAGAUUUUUGGCAAUAUUAAGGUUUAUGUUAAUCAAAAUAGGGUGGUCAUCAAAGAGUUUUACAACUACUUUAAUUUCACUGUAGUGUAUUUUUAGGAGCAUAUCAUGCACUAUACAUGUUGAGUGGCACUGUGGUGUAUGUAUGUUUCAUUUCUCUUUCAGACAAAAAAAAAAAGAAUGUUUCAUUUCUUAUUCUUUGGACUCUGACAUUUCUUUCUUCAAAUGAAUGAUUGGUCUAAUGAUCACAUAUGUGAUAUAUGACCUUCUAUUA